AUGGACUGGUCCGCCGUAACGAACUUCAACGUCGUCAUCAGCGUUCUCGGCGGCUGGCUCGUUCUGUUCGGCACCUUCUCGUACCUCAUCAAGGAAACAUGCUACCUGUCUGAAGCUCUGGUCUCCCUCCUCGGAGGUGUCACCUUCACUCAUGUCGCCAAAUGGAUCAAGCCCGGCGAAUAUGCCGUGUCCGAAGAUGCCGUCGCCUCCGUCACCCUCGACUUCAGCCGCCUGGUUCUCGGUGUCCAGCUGGUCCUCGCCGGCGUGCAACUCCCAAGUCGCUACCUGCGCAAGGAGUGGAAGUCCCUCUCACUGCUUCUCGGCCCCGGUAUGAUCGGUAUGUGGGCCUUCACAAGCGGCGUCGUCUGGCUGCUCGUCCCAGACCUGCCCCUCGUCCACGCCCUCGCCAUCGCAGCAUGCGUCACCCCAACUGACCCAGUCCUCUCCACCACCAUCGUAAAGGGACGCUUCGCCGACGAGAACGUCCCAGAGGACCUGCAGCAGAUCAUCGUCGCCGAGUCCGGAGCCAAUGACGGCCUCGGGUACCCCUUCCUCUUCCUGGCGCUGUAUCUCAUCAAGUACACCGAAAGCGACGGCAACCCCGUAUCGGGCGAGGGCGGCUUCGCCGCGGCCAUCCGCCUCUUCUUCGGCCAGACCUGCAUCUACGUCGUGCUGAUGAGCGUCUUCUACGGCUGGGUCGUCGGCUGGCUCGCGCAGAAGCUGCUCCACUGGGCCGAGCGCUACAAGUACGUCGAGCGCGAGAGCUUCCUGCUCUUCCCCAUCGGCAUGGCCAUCUUCAUCCUCGGCACCUGCGGCAUGGUCGGCAGCGACGACGUGCUGGCGUGCUUCAUUGCCGGCAACGCCUUCACGUGGAACGACUGGUUCCGCCUCGAGACGCUCAACGACCCCAUCCAGCCCGCUGUGGACAUGAUGCUCAACAUGGCCAUCUUCAUGUGGCUCGGCGCCGUGUGUCCUUGGGAGAGCUUCUGGACGUCUGAGUUGAUCGGCCCGGGCCGUCUCUUCGCGCUGGGUGUGCUUGUCCUGCUGCUCAGGCGUUUGCCUGUCAUCCUGGGCCUGCACCGCUACAUCCGCCAGAUCCGUGGCCCCGGGCAGGCUUUGUUCGUUGGGUAUUUUGGGCCGAUCGGCAUCUCUGCCAUCUUCUAUCUCUACGUCGGCCUUGAGUUCCUUGAGACGUUGACGGAUGAGGACGGUCAGCGGGCGGAUGCGAAGAAGCUUGGCGAUACCAUGUUGAUUGUCAUCUGGUUUUUGAUCAUUUGCAGUGUGGUCAUUCACGGCGUGAGCGUGCCCAUUGGUAAAGCCGGAACGACUCUCUAUGCCCGACUUCGCCAAGGCCGCAUCGCUCUGCCUACGUGA